GGCACAGAGCAGCAUAAUGUGAUCCAGCCUGGCGCAGGUCAGCCUGCUUUGGUCCAGCCUGGCGCAGGUCAGCCUGCUUUGGUCCAGCCUGGCGCAGGUCAGCCUGGUGCAGGUCAGCCUGGUUUGGUCCAACCAGGCGCAGGUCAGCCUGGUUUGGUGCAGCCUGGCGCAGGUCAGCCUGGUGCAGGUCAGCCUGGUUUGGUACAAUCAGGCGCAGGUCAGCCUGGUUUGGUGCAGCCUGGCGCAGGUCAGCCUGGUUUGGUCCAGCCUGGCUCAGGUCAGCCUCGUUUGGUCCAACAGGGUGCAGGUCAGCUUGGUUUUGUGCAACCUGGAGUGGAUCAGCGUGGUUUGGUACAGCCUGGCAUAGAUCCACAUGUCUUUUCUCAGCCUGGUAUAUAUAUGCCUGGCUUGGUUUCACCUGGUAUAUAUCCACCUGGUCUGGUACAACCUGGUGCAUAUCCACCUGGUUUGGUACACCCUGGUUCCUAUCCACGAGGUUUGGUCCAACCUGGUGCCUAUCCUCGUGGUUUGGUCCAGCCUGGUGCGUAUCCACGUGGUUUUGUGCAGCCUGGUGCUGAUCAGCGUGGUUUGGUUCAACCUGGAAUAGAUCAGCGUGGUUUGAGGCAACCUGGUACAGAUCAACAAGGCUUGAUACCACCAGGCACAGAGUUUCGUGGCUUUCCAACAUUCCAUGCAGAUUCUCGAAGUUUUAUAUCACCACGCCCAUAUCAGCAUGGUGUGGUACCUCCUGGCAGAGAUCAACAUGGCCAGGUGUCACAACUCCUGGCCAAUCAAGAUUUGGCAUUGCCAGGUAUAGACCAAAAGGGUUUGGUACCACCAGAAACUUAUCAGCAAGGUGUGAUGCAUCCUGGCGCAGACCAGCCUAGUCCAACACCAUUAAGCACAGGUGUGGGAUCUGCACACCCAGAUCAACAGCAUUUGGUAUCUCCUGGCCCAGAUUCAGAUCAGCGUGACCAUGUAUACUCUAUCCCAGACUCCUAUGACCUAAUGUAUCCUGGCCCUCAUGGCCCAGGGUACCAGGGUGUAGAUCAGUAUGUCCAGGUAGAUGUGGAUCCAAAUCGAACAUAUGCCUCAGACCAACCAGGAGUCUCUAUCCAGGCUACCCCAAGCCAAGAUGCCACCUUUGUCAGGAGUACAAACUCCCUUAACUAUCUCGACCGAGUCUCAUCAGAAAAGAGUGAUGUCCAGAGUGAGAGACAUGAUUCACUGGAUAAAUUGGCUCCUAGCUUCCCUAUGGCAGUGGAAACAUUUCGUCUGAUGGGAGAGCUCGUCGGCCUCUACGUAGAGCUAAAGGAGAACAUGAAGGAUCUGGAUGAGGAGGAAGCUGGCCAAACUGACUUAGAGAAGAUCCAGUAUCUGCUUGCACUGAUGGUCAAAAAGACCAUACCCCCUGACCUGCAAGAACAGCUGAAGACUUUGAAGACCUUGACCAAAGAAGUUCGGCAGGAAAAAGCGAAGCUGGAGAGGAUGCAAAAGGUCCUGGAGGGCGACGGGGAGCAAGAAAUAGGAAAGGAGAUGAAAACUAGCCAGCUGAGCUUGCAGCUGGGUAUCCUCAGAGUCACUGUGGCUGACAUUGAGAAGGAGCUGGCCGAGCUGAGGGAGAGCCAAGAGCGGGGCAAGGUCAGCAUGGAACAUUCAGUCUCUGAAGCCUCCCUUUACCUUCAGGAUCAGUUAGACAAGCUCAGGAUAAUCAUCGAGAGCAUGCUGACCUCAUCUUCCACGCUGCUGUCCAUGAGCAUGGCCCCUCACAAGGCCCCGACAACCUUGGCACCUGGCCAGAUUGACCCAGAGGCCACCUGCCCAGCCUGCAGCCUGGACCUGAGCCAUCAGGUCAGCACGCUAGUGCGGCGCUACGAGCAGCUCCAGGACAUGGUCAACAACCUGGCUGCCUCCCGGCCCUCCAAGAAAGCCAAGCUCCAGAGCCAGGAUGAAGAGCUGCUGGGCCAUGUCCAGCGUGCCAUCCUGCAGGUGCAGGGCGACUGCGAGAAGCUCAAUAUCACCACCAGCAACCUCAUCGAGGACCAUCGGCAGAAGCAGAAGGACAUCGAUGUGUUGUACCAGGGUCUAGAGAAACUCAAGAAGGAAAAGGCUAACAGGGAACACCUGGAGAUGGAGAUUGACACAAAGGCUGACAAGAGUGCCCUGGCGGCCAAAGUGAGCCGUGUCCAGUUUGACGCCACCACAGAGCAGCUGAACCACAUGAUGCAGGAGCUGGUGGCCAAGAUGAGCGGGCAGGAGCAGGACUGGCAGAAGAUGCUGGACAAGCUCCUGGUAGAGAUGGACAGCAAGCUGGACCGCCUGGAGCUGGACCCUGUGAAGGAGUUACUGGAGGAUAGGUGGAAAUCCUUGCGACAGCAGCUGAAAGAGCGUUCCCCACUCUAUCAGGUGGAUGAGGCAGCCGCCAUGCGGAGGCAACUCUUGGCACAUUUCCACUGCCUCUCAUGUGACCGUCCCUUGGAGACACCUGUGACUGGACAAAUCAUCCCUGUGACUCCGGUGGGCCCAGGCCUGCCCAGGCACCGUUCCCUCCGCCCCUACACCAUCUUUGAACUGGAGCAGGUCCGGCAGCAGAGCCGCAACCUGAAGCUAGGCAGCGCCUCCUUCCCUCGGGGCAACCUGGCACAGAUGGAGCGGAGCGUGGGGCGCCUGCGUACCAUGCACUCCAAGAUGCUGAUGGACAUCGAGAAGGUGCAGAUCCACUUUGGAGGCUCGGUCAAGGCCAGCAGCCAGAUGAUCCGUGAGCUGCUGCAGGCCCAGUGCCUCAGCUCCCCCUGCUACAAACGGGUGCCCGAUGUGGCCGAUUACACCUACUCGACCGUGCCUCGGCGUUGCGGGGGCAGCCACACCCUCACCUACCCCUACCGCCGCAACCGCCUGCAGCAUCUGCCACAGGGCCUGUACCCCACCGAGGAGAUCCAGGUUGCCAUGAAGCAUGACGAGGUGGAUAUCUUGGGCCUGGAUGGACAUAUUUACAAGGGACGGAUGGAUACCAGGCUACCGGGCAUCCUGAACAAAGACACCUCAGGGGUUACAAAGCACAAGGCCAAGCAGUCCCGGCCCCACGUGCACCGGCAACUGUCCCUUGGCGACAACAGCCAGCUGCCCUCACGGCCUCAGAGCGCUCAGAUGCCGGCGGGCAACAACUCAGCUCCUUCUCAUCAAUGGAAAGACAGACCCGUUUCCUCCGAGGGGCGCCUCUCCCAGCCGAAUCUGGCCCACCCGUCCAGCCCCAGCGAGAUGGCAAACCUACCGGCAGGGCUGGAGAUGCACAUGGACGUGUCUCCUGGAGAGGGGCUCGAGGAGCCCACCCGGGGGCCGCGGUCCACCUCUGCUCACUGAGCAGAGAUAUAAAUAAAUAUUUGGGAAGAAGCUUGGGGCGGUGAGGCUUCUCUGGUGCUGGCUCAGGAAGAUGGAGUGAGAGGGAGGGGCCUGCUGCAGGCCAGGGACCUCUAGACGCCCCCAGAUCCAGGUGGCAGACCUUCUCUUGGAGAGUGGGUCUGGCUUGUAGCCCGAGAAUUAGACCAGAGGCCCCCAAACAGAUU